AUCUCUUCCCUCUCUUCUCCUCCUCCAUCUCUUCCAUCCCCCUCCUCCCCCCACAGAUCAACCCAAAUUUGCGGGAAAGAAAAGGGAUCCCGUUUUUGCUCCUUUUUUCCCAUUUCUAUAAGCCUCGAAUCUUUCAGUCGAAAGAGAGGCUCGUGAUCGACAUCGAUCCGCACAACCCAUUUCAAAAAAGACAACACCGCCAAUAAUCACCCAACAUGGCGCCCAAGAAGAAGGGAAACAAGCGGCAAGAAGAGGACUGGGAGGCCGAGAUGGGCGAGUCCGCCCCCGCUGCCCCCAAUGGUGGUGAUGAGUCGCCGGCUGCCGAGGAGAACCCCGCUGGCGAGGAAGAAGAAACCAGCGGCGGUGGAGGACUGCUCGCGGCGCUGCGCAAGAACAAGACCAAGAAGGCCAAGAAGGGGAAGCAGGCGAAUGAUUUCGUCGAGGGAGAGGAUCCCAGUGAGGCUGCGGACUUUUCGAGCAAGCAGCCGGAGGAAGGCACCUUCGAUGACGAGGAUGUCUUUGCUGGCAAGAAGAGUGCCAAGGCUGGCAAGGUGACUCCGACUGCUGCGGCUGAGGAAGAGGAUUCCGGGUUCCGGGUGAAGUCGAAGAAGGAGAAGGAGAAGGAGAAGAAGGAGAGGGAGAAGCAGCGGAAGAAGGAACAGGCUGCUCUGAAGAAGAAGACUGCCCCUGCCGAAAAGCCUCAGCCUGCCAAGGUUGAGAAGAAGGAUGAAUCCCCCUCCCGCGCCCCCGAGGCUGCUCCGGCCGCCGCCGCCGCCGAGACUGGCGGUAAGAAGAAGAAGGUCCCGGCUCACUUGGCCAUGCUUCAGAAGCAGCAGGAGGCUAUGAGGAAGCAGCGCGAGGAGGAAGAGCGAAUCGCAGCUGAAGAGCGGGCCGCCGAGGAGGCCCAGCGGAAGCUGACCGAGGAAGAAGAACGCGAGAGAGAAGCGAUCCGCCAGAAGAAGAAGGAGAAGGAGAGGGAGAAGAAGGAACAGCUCCGCAAGGAAGGAAAGCUGCUCACCAAGGCCCAGAAAGAAGCACAAGCCCGCAACGAGCUGCGUAUGAAGCAGUUGCUGGAAUCUGGUGUCGGCAAGGUCGCCGGUCUCGAGAAAGACCAAGCCGACAAGAAGCGGCCCGUCUACGACAACAAGAAGAAGAGAGGCCCCAAGAAGCAGGAAGAUGAUCUGGAAGCCGCCGCCGCCCGCGCCCAAGCCCAGCGUGCCGCCGAAGAUGAGCGACGGAAGAAGGAGGAAGAGGAGCGGAAGGCCAAGGAGGCCGCGGAAGCUGCUGCGGCCGCCGCCGCCGGUGGUGAGGAGAGCGACCUUGAAGACUGGGAGAAGGCCGCCGACGCCGAAGAGGUCAAGGAUAGCUGGGAUGCCGAGUCUGACGAGGAAGGAGAGAAGAAUGCCGCUAACGGCGACGCUGCUUCGAAGGAGGAUGAGGAAGAGGGGUCCUCGGAGGAAGGCUCCUCUGACGAGGAAGACUCCGACGACGAGGAGCAGUCUGCCGCGCAGAAGGCCAUUGCUCAACGCAAGGCAGAGGCUGCCGAGCGGAGGAAGAAGCAGCACGAGGAAGCCCUGGCUGCUCGCUCAAAGGACAACCUGCGCUCCCCCAUCUGCUGUAUUCUUGGUCACGUCGAUACUGGUAAGACCAAGCUGCUGGACAAGAUCCGUCAGACCAACGUCCAGGAGGGCGAAGCCGGUGGUAUUACGCAGCAGAUCGGUGCUACCUACUUCCCCGUCGACGCUCUGCAGCAGAAGACCCAGGUUGUCAACAAGGAUGGCAAAUUCGAGUUCAAGAUCCCCGGUCUCUUGAUUAUCGAUACGCCCGGUCACGAGUCUUUCGCCAACCUGCGGUCUCGUGGUUCGUCUCUCUGUAACAUUGCCAUUCUGGUCGUCGAUAUCAUGCACGGUCUCGAGCCCCAGACGCUCGAGUCGAUGAGGUUGCUCCGUGAUCGUCGUACUCCUUUCAUCGUCGCUCUGAACAAGAUUGACCGUCUGUACGGCUGGAAGAAGAUCGACAACAACGGUUUCCAGGAGAGUUUGGCCAUGCAGAACAAGGGUGUGCAGAACGAAUUCCGCACCCGUCUGGAGCGCACCAAGGUCCUGUUCGCCGAGCAGGGAUUCAACUCGGAGCUGUACUACGAGAACAAGUCCAUGGCUCGCAACGUCUCCCUCGUCCCCACCUCCGCUCACACCGGUGAGGGUAUUCCGGACAUGCUGAAGCUGCUGACGUCCCUGACCCAAGAGCGUAUGACCAACGCUCUGAUGUACCUGUCGGAGGUCGAGUGUACGGUGCUGGAGGUCAAGGUCAUCGAGGGUCUUGGUACCACCAUCGACGUGGUUCUUUCGAACGGUAUCUUGCGCGAGGGCGAUCGAGUGGUGCUGUGCGGUCUCAACGGGCCAAUCGCAACCAACAUCCGAGCGUUGCUGACCCCGGCGCCUCUCAAGGAGCUCCGUCUCAAGUCGCAAUACGUGCAUAACAAGGAAGUCAAGGCCUCGCUGGGUGUCAAGAUCGCCGCCAACGACCUGGAGCACGCUAUUGCUGGUUCGCGACUGAUGGUCGUCGGACCGGAUGACGACGAGGAGGACAUCGAGGAAGAGGUCAUGUCCGAUCUGGAGAACCUGCUCAGCAAGGUGUCGAAGGAUCAGCGCGGUGUCAGCGUCCAGGCAUCCACUCUGGGUUCUCUGGAAGCCCUGCUGGAGUUCCUGCGCGUGUCCAAGAUUCCCGUGGCCAACAUCUCCAUCGGACCUGUCUACAAGCGUGACGUGCUGGUGUGCGGUACGAUGCUGGAGAAGGCCAAGGAGUACGCCGUCAUGCUCUGUUUCGACGUCAAGGUCGACAAGGAGGCCGUCGCCUACGCCAACGAAAUCGGCGUCAAGAUCUUCACCGCCGACAUCAUCUACCACCUGUUCGACGAAUUCACCAACCACAUGGAGCAGCUGAAGGAGCAGCGCAAGGAGGAAAGCAAGCUCCUCGCUGUCUUCCCCUGCGUUCUCCAGCCCGUGGCCGUGUUCAACAAGACCGAGCCGAUUGUCAUCGGUGUCGAUGUGCUGGAGGGCAGCCUUCGGAUGCACACGCCUCUUUCAGCAAUCAAGACCAACGGUGCGGGAGUGCGGGAGAUUAUCGAUCUGGGACGAGUUGUCUCCAUCGAACGCGACCACAAGGCUGUCGCCGUAGUCAAGAGGGGCCAGCCCUCGGUGGCCGUCAAGAUCGAAGGCUCCAACCAGCCGCUGUACGGCCGUCACCUGGAAGAGAAGGACCAGUUGUACUCUCACAUCUCGCGUGCCAGCAUCGACACGCUCAAGGAGUUCUACCGCGCGGAAGUCACGAUGGAAGAGUGGGCUCUUGUCAAGAAGCUCAAGCCUGUGUUUGACAUUCCUUGAUUGGUCUGAGUAUCUGGGGGCUUGAUCGAGCGAGCAAGCAGACAGACAUAAUCUGUCUGUAUGUCCUCUGGAGGAGAAGGGAGGCCCGAGUGCACGCAUGGGCCUCUUAUAUUCCCGCUCUGCAUAAAGCGGAAUAUACAUCGUGUAUGACAUGAAUGAUAGACGAGGAAGAGGAUAAAAAAGAGGAAGGGGUUGAAGCACAGGUCAAGCAAGUCAAGAGAAGGAAAAGAUCUGGUGCAUGACUGACAACGACUGUAUUGACUGACCUAUGCUAUGGGUAAAAAGAAAAAGUUGGCUGUACAUGAAAUGAAAGGAGGUGUGAGCUGGUUGUGGUCGAUACCUCUUAGCUUGUGAUUUAGUUUUUUAUUUCUUGAUAUACGUGCUUGCUUGUAGUUGGAAUGUGCGUAGUAUAC